CAGGUCUGUUUAUUGCUUUUCGACAUUUCCUCCAGUUAUUAUACUGCGUCAAAAAUAGCCUACGACAGCAGGAAAGAUGUGGACAAUACCCAAACCCCGAUAUAAGAACUGCAACAAAUUGGAUACAAGGGAUGAAGCCGAGAUGGCCGUGAACAUUGGCGGCGUGAGGCUAGUUUUAGACGGCGAUGUGCUUAACCGCUACCCGGAGAGUAGACUUGCAGAACUGAUCAACUGCUCAACUCUGAAUUACGACGUUAUCUACUCACUUUGUGAUGAUUAUGACCCGGGUAAAAAAGAGUUUUAUUUUGACCGGGAUCCUGACGCUUUCAGAUGUAUCAUUGACGUGUAUUACUUCGGUGAGAUUCACAUCAAACGAGGUAUAUGUCCAAUUUGUUUCAUUAAAGAGAUGGAGUUCUGGAAAAUUCACCAAAGCUAUUUGGACGAGUGCUGUAAAAGUUACCUGACUGAAAAAGAGGAAGAGCUGGCAGAGAUUGCCAACAAAGUUAAGUUUAUCUUGGAUGAUCUAGAUGGGGACCCUUCUGUCAACUGCUCAGCGCGGUGUCUAAAGUUCCUUUGGAAACUCAUGGAGAAACCGGAGUCCUCUUUGCCUGCGCGUGGCAUCGCCGUUGCAUCUUUCCUCUUCGUCCUUGUGUCCUCCGUGGUGAUGUGCGUGGGGACCAUUCCAGAAGUCCAAGUAGAAGAUGAAGAGGGGGACCUUGUGGAGCACCCGAUGCUGGAGGCCAUCGAGACAGCCUGCAUAGGCUGGUUCACCGUGGAAUACCUGCUGCGUUUUGUGUCCUGCCCAAACAAACUGCACUUUUUCCUAUCCUUUAUGAACAUAAUAGACUUCAUGGCUAUCAUUCCCUUCUACGUGGUGUUGACCCUUACUUACCUGGGUACGGCCAUGAUGGAUCUGGCCAAGGUCCAGCAAGCGGUCCAGGCGCUUCGCAUCAUGCGUAUCGCCCGCGUCUUCAAACUGGUGCGCCACUCCUCUGGGCUACAGACUUUCACCUAUGCGCUAAAGAGGAGUUUCAAAGAGCUGGGGUUGCUCCUUAUGUACAUGGGCAUAGGGAUAUUCGUGUUCUCAGCAAUGGGCUACACCAUAGAGCAAAGCCACCCGGAGACCCUCUUCAGUAGCAUCCCACAGUCCUUCUGGUGGGCUAUUAUCACCAUGACCACCGUGGGCUAUGGAGACAUUUACCCCAAAACCACUCUAGGCAAGUGCAACGCAGCCAUCAGCUUCCUGUGUGGGGUGAUAGCCAUUGCGUUGCCAAUUCACCCCAUUAUCAACAACUUCGUCAAUUUUUACAACAAGCAGAAAGUGCUCGAGACCGCGGCCAAGCACGAGCUGGAGCUCAUGGAGUUGCAGUCUAGCGAUGAUUCACUGAUGAAGGCAACGCGCAAGUGUGGCGCAGCGGGUGCGUUGGAGAGCUCGAUGCGUACCUCGCGUAGUGAUAAUUGUAUACCACUUCUCGAGGAAUCGACAAGGACUUUGAAGUCGAAAGAUUAUUGCUCGGAAACCGAAUCAUUUUAACUUGGUAAAGAAACAUUCUAUAGUGAUGUGUUUCAAUAGCUAGGUUUCCAUCCAAUUGACGACAGAUUUUCAUGCGAAUAGUCUAAAAUCCGCAUAAAAACAAUAUGGCAUGUUCCCAAACAAUAUGGCAUGUUCCCAUCAGAGACAUGUUUCCAUCAAAUUGAGUUGUUUUAGAUAAAAUGCUGUGCCUGAUGACGUAGUGCACAUAAAAAUACAAGGUAAAUGGGUUUCCAUAGCAUCUUCAACUCUACAUAUGGUUUUCUCGUACAAAAUGUUGAGUUAUUUGGCGAGUGUGCCCACUCUGGUAUUGGCACGUGCGCUCGAGCGUUUUGGCGCAUGUAUAUCCUACAUGAUGAGAUUAUUAUGGACAAAAGAG